CCAUAACCAGAGAUAGAGAGGAAGGAGUGAGUGUGUGAGUGAGUGAGUAAGAAAGAACGAGGAAAAGAGGGAGAGUGCGUGUGUACGGAGAGGGAGAGAGGGAAAAAGAGACACAAGUUUAGGACUCAGAGAAUCUCAGCGGCUUUUUUUUUAGUGUGGGAGGAAAGAUAGUCCAAACAGUGAAUCGACCGGUUGAGCCGCGGGAAGAGAAGACGCCCCCUCCUCCUUAUACUGUGCUUUUGGAGCGGUCAGAAUUAAAGAGGGACGCGGCGUUUUUGACUCACGCUGAUCUGAUGGUCAUGACGGCAGCUGUCGAUAUGAAACCGACGUUAACCAUCAUAAAGGCUGAAAAAAUGGACGAUCCGGAGUGUGGAGAUGUGCCACUGCUAACUCCAGGAAGUAAAGAGAUGAUGUCCCAGGCUCUGAAGGCGACUUUCAGCGGCUUCACGAAGGAACAGCAGCAACUGGGUAUUCCCAAAGAUCCCAGGCAGUGGACAGAAAACCACGUGGCUGCAUGGCUAGCGUGGACAGUGAAUGAGUUCAGCCUGAAGAACGUUGACUUUGACAAAUUCGGCAUGAACGGAGCCAGCCUGUGCGCCAUGGGGAAGGAGCGCUUCUUGGACUUAGCGCCCGACUUUGUCGGUGACAUCCUUUGGGAACAUUUAGAAAUGCUUCAGAAAGAGGAUACAAAGCAUUACCCCAACAAUGGACUGACCUCCAACUUCCAGGAAUCCCGCUAUACCUCAGACUAUUUUGUCAGCUAUGGUGUUGAGCAUGCUCAGUGUGUCCCUCCUUCUGAAUACUCAGAGCCCGGCUUCAUCACGGAGUCCUACCAGACACUUCAUCCCAUCAGCUCGGAGGAAUUGUUGACGCUCAAGUAUGAGAGUGAAUACCCUGCAGUCAUCCUGCGAGACACGGCCCUAAACUCCAUGCAGGGCGACUAUUUUACUGUGAAGCAGGAGGUGGUGUCCCCUGACAACAUGUGUGUGGGACGCCUCAGCAGAGGUAAGCUCGGAGGCCAGGACUCCUUUGAGAGCAUCGAGAGCUUUGAGAGCUGCGACCGACUGACCCAGUCAUGGAGCAGCCAGUCAUCGUUCAACAGCCUGCAGCGGGUACCGUCUUACGACAGCUUUGACUCGGAAGACUACCCCACCGCCUUGCACGGCCACAAGCCUAAGGGCACCUUCAAAGACUAUGUGAGGGAGCGCUCAGACCUCAGCAAGGAUAAACCCGUCAUCCCAGCAGCGGCACUGGCAGGAUACACAGGCAGCGGCCCCAUCCAGCUGUGGCAGUUUCUUCUGGAGCUGCUGACCGACAAGUCUUGCCAGUCCUUCAUCAGCUGGACAGGCGACGGCUGGGAGUUCAAGCUUUCUGACCCAGAUGAGGUUGCCCGGAGGUGGGGCAAAAGAAAAAACAAGCCCAAGAUGAAUUAUGAGAAGCUGAGCCGCGGUCUACGUUACUACUAUGACAAGAACAUCAUCCACAAGACAUCUGGGAAACGCUACGUCUACCGCUUUGUCUGUGACUUAAAAAGCCUGCUGGGGUACACUCCUGAGGAGCUGCACGCAAUGUUGGACGUAAAGCCCGACACGGACGAGUGAAUGCGGAGGCGAGAAAGGAAGUGAAGACAAAAAGUUAAGGAGCCACACAGACUUGAGGCUCACAAAGUGGUCUUAACUGUUUGAUAGAGUCGGUAAACCAUUUUUUGGGGGGACCAAAAUGUUUUUAAUGACUAACUGUGGUCUUUGUCACCUUUGAGCUCCUGUCUCUCAGACCAUAUUUUAAAAAGAAGGCAGCAGCCAAAACACCUGUAUUCAAACCCCGUUGCAUUUGUGUGCGCGUGCAUGUGUGAGUGAGUGUGCGAUAUGUGUGAUAUAUGCCGGUAUUAUUUAGCAGCCUGAGGCAGACGAAGCGCUGCCGGGUAGAGUUCAGGUUCUGUUCUGUCUAAGUAGCAAAGUGGGGAAAGCCGGGGUAACCAAGACACAACGUGUGAGACAGAGAGAGAGAGAGAGAGAAAUAUAAAGGAUUCACGUCACUGUUGGGUUAAACAGAAAGCAGGCGGAAAGUUCCCGCUCAGAAAGCGGUUGCCAAAAUAUAAAAACUGAAUCGAGGAAGGUGUAACAUCUUACAUCUCUCUUUGUCUGGGACAGAGUUUUCAGCUAGGACCAAAAACGUGUAAUUUAUAAUUUGUGCCAGUAUUAAGACCCAGUGUAAACCUACUUGGUGGAUAUUAGAAGUAGUAUUUUUGUCAUGUUGUCAGUGAAGGUAUUACAGGAAAACGAAACAUUGGAUGCCAAGUUUGACUGUUCUGUUCUCAAGGGGCCUUUAAGAGAAAUGUGCUGAUUAGUUAUCAGACAACACUAUAGACACUGGCCCUGUGCUUUGUAGUGUGUGAGGACCUGAUGAGAUUACUCAUACGCAAAGUGUCUGAAAGGCGUCUGAAAGUAGCCGUUGCUUUUGAAACUGAUGCUUUCACCUUUAUGAACACGUUUGCCACCUUGUCAGAGACACAUAUUGUGACUGAAACUUAUGCAUUUUUGCAUAUACCACCAGUAUUAGCAAACUGUAGACAAUCUAUGUGGGGAAAUUCAGGAGUCUUCGGGUGAGACGAGACCUUUUGAUGUGCAGAUUAGAUGCACCAAUUUGUCAGUGCACUGUCCAUAUUAGCGUUGCUUUAAAAGUGUUUGAGUAGACCUGUUAGUUAAUUACCCAAGAGAGUGACUUCGUAAAAUCCGAAGAAUGUUGGGUUUGUUUUGUUUUGUUUUACAUAUUGGCCACUAGGAAGCAGCUGCAGUGUAGUGUUGAGUGUUGGUACCGUGUAGGAAAGAGAAAAUGUUCAGGCAAUAGUAAAUGUUGACUAUAGAGAAUCGGACUCUGUAUGAGGUGGACGAAGGUGACUGAAAGGAAUCUGUGGGCAGUGCAGGUGACGAUCCCUUGUGAAGUAUGACAGAAGUGAUGCAACUCGGCUUGCUCGGGACAUAUAGGACUAGUGGCAAACGUACGGUAUGUAGUUCAACAUCGAGUUUGUGUGCUACUCAUCUGUGAACAAAAUAAUAUUCGGUUCAGAAUGAGUAACUCGUGUGUGAUUCCACCUAUAUUUGCUCAGAAUACAUAACAAGUCACUGGUUACAUUUAAGCAAAUUGGCAGCGGUUUCCUCCCAACAGUGGGAACAGUGGCUGUACACUGGCCUUAUGGGAAAUGCCAAAGUUGAAUAUUAUCAUAGAAUACAAUGUUAUUGUUUACAGUGGCUGAAUGUUACCCAUAUGGAUGAAAAUAGCUUUUGAGAUGUCUAUUUGUACAGAUUGUAUUUCAUAAUGCUUUAUUGAGACCCGGAUUACACAAAUAAGCAAAAGACAAAGCAGGAAUAAUAACCAAAACCCAAUGUGAGGUCUUUGGCCACGGUGCUUCGGGUAUCGUCCACAAUGUUAGAAGACAGGGACCAGAAAGCUCUCACGUAUUUGGAAAGUGUUGUCUUUUAUCUUUUGUUUAACAUGUUGGAAAGCAAGCACACAGCUUUAGGACAAAGAGAAACGCCUUUGCUGAUCUGGUUUUCCCACUGAGUGCAGAAAAGAGAUGCUGUAUAUGUUCAUGAUGUCUAACUGACAACAAGCCUUUCUGUUGUUACUGAGCACAGGCCUAUCUAACAUCGAGCUGCACUGUACGUUCAUUGACGCCAAUGUUCCAAAACACUGUGUUUUUUUUUUUCCUCUAAAGUUUCUCAUUUAUUUUUCCUGUUGUCACUGUUUUAUGUUAAAAUGAGCUUUACAGAUUUUUUUUUUUUUUUUUUUUGUCAUACUUGGAAUGAAACAUUCUCUCCAUACCCUGCCCCCCUUCCCGCCUCCACACCCCAAACACGAAGUCAUAAUGUUACUAUGGUUAGCUUCAUAUGAUUAAUGUGCUUGAAGAAAACAUUCAAAUAGUAAAAAAAAAUAAAAAUAAAAAUAAAAAAAAAUGAUAUUUUGAAAAUCAUUUUAUCAGGAAGAUAUACUGUUAUUAAAUGUCAGACUACAAUCUACUGCAGGUCUUAUGUGUUGAUGAAUCUUAGUCAGGCAAGUGUAUACAUACCAAUAUUUUGUGGCAUAUGCAUAUCUCAGAAUGGAUUCAGAAGGAAAACCUUAUUGUUUUUUGGAUGUUGUUGUUGUUGUCAUUUUUUGUAUAUUUUAUAGUGUCUCUGUAUUUUUGUUAUGAGAUCAUUUUUAUUGUAUUUAGUUCACAAACAUUUGAAUAUUUUUCAAUAAUUUAUAUUUUAUAAAAGACAAGAGACGCAGACAGCUGGUGCUUUCAUGGGAAUUUAAAGGUAGCGCAGGACAAAAUAAUGUAGCGAUUUUUUUUGUUUGUUUGAUUUGUUUUUCUUUCUUUUUUCAUUCUUUGUUUCUUUUCUUUUCUUUCCUUUUUUUUUUUUUUUUUUUACAUAGAAAAUAGACCUGUCUGCUAGAGGAAAAAAAGGCUGAUGCUGGCCCAUCAAUGAUUUCUGCUGGAAAGGUUUUAUAAACUGUAGCUUCUAUUUCUAAAAUGUACUUAAUGUACUUCAAAAUGUUAUAAAAUAUAUGUGAAGAAAGAUUUUA